AUGGCUACAGGAGCCUCAGCUGCAGCGUCGCCUGCAAUCCGGGCACGGGCUGAUCUCUCAUAUUCACCCCUACCUACACGUAACCUCAAGCAGAUGCCGUCCAUUCAGCGUAUGGAUGCAAGCUUGACUGGCUCCUUCAUGCUCGCUUCCGCGAGUACUCCUAGCGCAUCGUCGCUCAACGGCAGUCCGAGUUGCUCAUCAUAUCAGAGCUCUCCCUCCCUCGCAACACAAUACCAAAACUCACUAUCCACGGUCGAACUUUUCAGCCUACCUGAUCCUCUUCUCUCACCUUCAGCAGCUACGCCUACGCCGAACAUUUAUUCUUCUUCUUUCCCGCGACAAAAUGGCCUGACUCGCAAGAUCUCUUCUGGAAAAAGAGCACUCAGCCGACUUGGACGGACAACUUCGGCUGGGGUACCAGGUCGCCGUGAACCCAGUUCGGGUCCUGUUGCUCGACGACGCAGCGACAGCAAAACCACGACCUCGGCCACCUUCGACUCAGACUAUCCUGUGCCUGAGAUUCCUGCUGGUCUAGGCAUCUCACAAGGUGUCGGCCUUUCCGAGGAAGUCGGAUCCCCAAUUGAUGCCUAUACGAGGCUGGAUAAGAGAGCAGAAGUCGUCGCACCCGCUGUGCCUGAUGCUCUCGUCGCUGGAUCUUUGCUUACCAAGAUGACCAAGCGGAAACCCGAGCAGAAGUACUUUUACCUUGAUAAGGAGGGCUCCACCGUGUCCUGGAUGGGUCAUGUGAAGAAGAAAGAGUUUCACAUAGAUAACAUCUUGACAAUUAGGCCAGGACCAUAUGCUACAAGUCAUACAACAGACGUGCAGAGGCAAGAGCUGGAUCCUACUUGUUUCUUCACUGUCAGUUAUGCUCCCUCGCGAACUUCCAAGAAGACGAAGACAUUGCAGCUACUUGCUUCAAGUAGGUAUAUGUGUCAAUUGUGGGUCAACACUCUGGAGGCUUUGUCCAAACACCGUGAAGAGAUGAUGAUGGAGAUGAUUGGUAGUGAACGCGAAUCUGUUCUACGUAUGCACUGGAACUCUGAACUUGCAAAACAGCCAAAUGACGCUGUUUCCAGGUUGGACCUUCAUGCCAUUGCCGGCUUAUGUCGCAAGCUACAAAUCCAUCCUCCUAGAUCUGUGCUCGAAGAGGCUUUUCACAGUGCAGAUGUUAAUGCUAAGGGCCUGCUUGAUUUUGAGCAGUUUCGAGCAUUCAUCCGUCGACUAAGGUCUCGAGUCGACAUCAAGCCACUCUUCAAUCAUCUCAAGUCAUUCGGUGUCGAGGGUAUCAGUAAGGAAGACUUUCUAAACUUCGUCAGCUCCGAACAAAGGGAGGAUAUUGACACCAAUCGAAACUACUGGGACACAAAGUUCGAUGAGCUUUGUGCUAAACCAGAAAUUCCUGUUGUCGACGGCUACGGCUACCAAUACAUCGACUUUGCGAGUUUCGCUUCUUUUCUCACCUCGAAGGAAUGUAGUGUCUAUACCUCGCCGAAAAAGCCCAGGACUAGUCUAGACCGUCCACUCAACGAGUAUUUCAUCAACAGCUCACACAACACCUAUCUCACAGGAUCACAAUACCUUGGGACCUCCUCUGUUGAACCCUAUGUCACAGCUCUUAGGCAUGGCUGUAGGUCCGUAGAGAUCGAUUGCUGGGACGGCGACAACAACAAUCCUCGUGUCACACACGGCUAUACCGGCACGACCUCGAUCUCGUUCGUUGAGGUGAUCCGAGCCAUAAAUCGCUGCGCCUUCGAGGCCUCACCAUAUCCUGUCAUACUCUCGCUCGAGGUUCAUUGCAACCCCAUUCAGCAAGCACGCAUGGUCGAGAUCAUGUACGAGCAUAUCAACAAUGGAAAGCUGUUGUCGUAUCCAUUGCCUGAAAAUGUGUACAACCUCCCUUCUCCAGAAGAUUUGAAGUACAAGAUUCUGGUGAAAGUGAAGGCAACCAAUGCUCAUCCUUCUUUGGAAUCAAUUGGUGAUUCAACAGUCACUGCACGAAAACGAAGCGCAAGCUCUCCUGUGCGCAAUUCGACCACAUCAUCUACUGCCAUUGACUUGACACAAACUAUAUUAGGUUCAGCUUAUGACUCGCCUCCACCUACAGAUCAAUCCAUGCCUCCAACUAGUGAGGAGGAGUACGAAAGCGAUGCGAAUCAAGUCAGUCGUACGUCAGUCGAGGCACCGAGCAGAAAGACAAGCAAGAUUACUCAAGGUCUUGCUGCGCUGGGCGUAUACAUGCAAGGCUACACGUUUCGCUCCCCAGUCGAUCUUACUUUUCGAAAGUUUAACCACAUUUAUAGCAUUCCUGAGCACAAGGCGAUAGAAGUGGCCAAGGGAACAGAAAGCAAGAUGUUGUUUGAGAAACACAACGUAUCGCAUCUUUGUCGUAUCUACCCAAAACAGACAAGAAUCAACAGCUCAAAUUUUGACCCGAAUACUUUCUGGAGACGUGGAGUACAAAUGGUCGCUCUUAACUGGCAGACUUACGACAUACAUAUGCAAAUGAACCAAGCAAUGUUUGCAGCAGGUGCGGAUCGAAGCGGAUACGUACUGAAACCAAAAUACUUACGGGACCUGAGCCGCUUCGAUGGUGCUACGGAUCAAAAGGCUAAACUACCGCACUAUCGAAUCGAUUUCUCCAUCAAGGUGAUCUCGGCUCAACAGCUUCCUCUUCUCUCAAAUAUGGGAAAGAAUGAGCAGCUCAGUCCGUUCGUCGAAGUGCAAAUGUUCAGUGCGGAAGACGCGGCACGCAGUAUAGCAUACGGCUGUGGUGGCGAAGAGGUCUCUCGAACUAACGGCGUGCAUGGCAUUGGCAAGCCGCUCAGCAUACGGACCAAGACAGUCCCAGAGAAUGGGUACAAUCCACAAUUUAAUGACCUAAUUGAACUCAGCUUGGAAACAAAACACCCCGAGCUCGUCUUUGUACGAUUUGUCGUCUACCAAUCAGGCAAAGGUUCAAAUAAGGAACUGGCAGUGUUCACUGCGAAGCUUGACCGGUUACAGCAGGGCUACCGACACGUGCCAUUGUACAACAGUAAUGGUGAAGAACUCAUCUUCUCGUCCUUGUUCUGUCACUUCAAAAGACAAAAGCCGAAGCCAGUGACUCGCGAAUGGGCACCCGCCCGUCACGGCUCCUUCAGAUCUUUCCUUUCACGAAGCAACACGAUGGAUGGAGGCAGGCAAAGAGGACAGGUCCCGGCUGACAAGGAGAGGAUCGCUGUCCAGCAGAGGCUCAACAGGGAGAUCGAAGCCAAGAAGCAACGAGCUUUGUAA